UCAGAAAAAGCCGAACUGAACGCACCCAGCAGGACCUGGAGGAGGCUGGCGCCAAGUCGAAGCCUUUCGCGGGUGGUUUGUUGGUGGGCGGGGCUACGGAUGGUCAUGGAGGUGAUGUCGAGGUAUAUAAGAGGCUUCAGUCGCCGAAAUCAUCAACGGUGUCUCACAACACACAAACCAACAUGAACUCCCUGGUUGUCUUAGCUGUUUUGGCGGUUGCAGCUGUAGAAGCCAUGCCGCAGGCGGCCACGGCAGGAGCCCCACUCCCGCCAGCCGCAGUGCCGCAGGCGCCGACCUCCUUCCCAGGGCUGUUCUUUGCCCCUCAGGGUGCCAUACCUUCCCCUCUGGUGCAAGUGCAGACGCCGUUCCUGACUCAGACCCCCGGGGUAGCUGGGCAGGCACCAACCCUUCAGCACGUCAUCCCAGUGACCUCAUUCGUGGUAAGGCCCCUCUCCGACGCAGAACAGAAUGCCUUGGCUCACCAGGAAUUCCAGCGUAUCUGGGAGGCUCAGGCCACCCGCAACCUGGCCAUUCCUCAACUCCAGGCAGCUGUUGCCUCUAAAACCGCCAGCCCUGCAGGUGCCCUGACUCCAGCCGGAACAUCCGCCAUCCCUACUGCUGUGCCUGCAGCAGCAGACACUGCAGCAGCAGCGCCCCUAACCCCAAGCACCUUCUAGGAAACAACACCUUUAGACCUAUCCGUCCUUCUGCAAAGCAAGAUAAUAUAUGACACUAUUUCCUGAAAUGUUCAAAAAUGGCUUUCUCCGUCUUUACUUCUGCUCUGAUUUUUGUUUUCUUGAAGUUGAAGAUACUUACAGUUCUGUGGUGCUAUUUGUUCAUUGGCUUUCUCUUCUUCUCUGAAUUGCCUGUGGAAACUCACUCACUCUUUCUCUCUCUCUCUCUCUCUUUAGAUUCGGUGAAUCACUUCAAAAAGAUUCUUCGUAAAUUUGCUAAACUUUUCCCGAUUUUUACUGAACUGUAAGUGAAUCUAUUUUACCAUUUCUGCUCAAACUUCCAUACCUCAGACUUCUAUUUGCUAUUGCAUAAAUCUGCCUCUCUCUCUCUCUCUCUCUCUCUCUCUCUCUCUCUCUCUCUCUCUUCUCUCUCUUUCUGUAGCUUAAUUAUGUAUUUUGCUCCUUAGUAUGUGAAAACUUUAGCACAACAAAAGCCUGCUAUUGUUUCUCAGGCGACACAUGUUUCCAUCAGCUGUUAAAUAUUGUAAAUAGUGAGCAGUUGCUGCAUCUGGAGAGAUUUAUAAUAAAACUUGAAAAAAAGACA